AUGGCGUCGGUCUCGGCUGAGACUCCAGCCAGCCAUGGGCACAGCUUCAGCAAGAAGACGUUUCACAAGCCGACGUACUGCCAUAGCUGCACCGACAUGCUGUGGGGCCUCAUACAGCAGGGGUACAUCUGCGAAGUUUGCAACUUCGUGGUGCACGACCGCUGUCUCAAGGCCGUCGUCUCUCCCUGCUCCAGCAUCGCGGCAAGCCUCAUUAAGAAUCCAGUUGCACACUGCUGGUCCGAACAGGUACAUCAUAGAAGAAAAUUCUGCAACGUCUGUCGUAAACGGCUCGAUGAUAAUCUAUCCAUACAUUGUGAAAUAUGCGAAUACUUCGCGCACACGGAGUGCCAGGAUUUUGCCGUGGCAGAUUGCAAGGAGAACGCCACGUAUCUACCUGGGAAGGACUUGGCGCAGGUAAACCACACUCAUCACUGGCGAGAAGGCAAUCUUCCCAGCAGUUCGAAAUGCGCUGUCUGCAAGAAAAAUUGUUUUUCUGCCGAGUGCCUUUCCGGGUUUCGUUGCGAGUGGUGCGGCAUGACGUUGCACUCUUACUGUUAUAAAAAUAUCCCGCAAGAAUGCACCUUUGGGAACUUGGAACCAAUCUACUUACCACCACAUGCAGUCAGCAUUCCACGUACGGAAGUUCCCAUGGAGGCCAUCAUCGGUGUACAAGUACGUCGAAAAGAAGCCCUGGCGCGUGAGUAUUCCUGCCAUAACAUCGGAGAGCAAUUCGAUUUCGCUGAGAGUGAACAAAUUGGGGCUGCAGGCCGUCUAGCCGAAGCUUUGAGGCGCCUUUCACUAGUUUUGCCACGUAGCUGCCAUGGAAAAUGUCAUGCUUCCCCUCCUUAUGUUCGAGCACGAAGCAUAUCGGAAGAGUUCAGCAGCGGGGAUGCAAGGUAUCGUGACAAUGGCGAACCAGGACCGGGUAGCGCGCACGGUCGUGAUCCGCGUUCACCGAAGGAGAAAGAAGAUAAAGAAAGAGGUGACGAAGAGAUGAUCAAGGUGUACGACGGCAACAAUUCCCUGAGAAGACGGAUAUUUCGCGUGAUCACGGUGCCCCGGCAAGCCACCACUGAACAGGUCCUGACGUCGGCGCUUCGCGCGUUUCACAUCACGAAAGAUCCUAGCAACUUUUACCUCACCGACGUGUACGCCACGGAUGAAACCGAAUUAUGCGAUCCAAAUCCGGUUCUGAACUUGAAUCGAAAAGAGGGCAAACGUCCGGCUGUCUUCUUGCGGUUCAAGGAUAGCGAAAGCGGAGAGGUACGCGUCUAUCCGGGCAAAUUACAGGUGUCAGAGUCGUUCUGUAUAGUACCUGUCACAGAGGCGACAACGAUCGCGGAUUUGAUCGAGGAAGCGCUUCAAAAGUUCGGUUUGCAAAAUUUUAAAUCGGAAGAUUACAGAUGCAGCGAGAUUCUUCUGGAUCAUGGUGUCACCGAAAGGGUUUUGUGCCGCGACGAGAAGCCGUGGGAAAUCGUGAAGCAGCUCGGCAAAGAUUCGAUCAGGCAAAUGGAAUUGAUGCGAUUUUACCUUCAGCUUAAACAGGAUCCCCAUGGACCCAAUUUAGCUUUGUUCGUGGGAAAUUUGCCACCAAAUCUCUCCGAAAGGAGUUACGAAAACAUGUUGACCGAAUUCUUAGGCAAAGAAAACAAAUUCUCAUCUAUCGGUCCAAUAUACUACGAGUACGGCUCGAUGGUGAUCAUUUACGAGGACUCGAACAAGGCUGUUACAGCGUUGUACACGUUAAGGGAAUCAAAAUACGAGGACAAACAUCUUUUAGUUAUGCUGUUGCCAAGUAUCGAGCCGAGCAUGGUGCCUCCAGGUGUGCAACCUUUACUCGUCUUCGUGAACGUGAAAUCUGGCGGUUGCCAAGGGCUUCAAUUGAUCUCCAGCUUUCGGAAACUUUUGAAUCCGUAUCAGGUGUUCGAUCUCGACAAUGGAGGCCCACUUCCUGGUCUCUACGUUUUCCGUCACAUAAAGGACUAUAAAAUCUUGGUUUGCGGUGGCGACGGGACAAUAGGAUGGGUGUUGCAGUGUUUGGAUAACGUGGGCCAGGAUAGCGAGUGUUCCUCGCCUGCUUGCGCCAUUGUUCCCCUCGGCACGGGAAACGAUCUUGCCCGUGUCCUGUGCUGGGGUUCCGGUUACACAGGCGACGAAGAUCCCCUCAACUUGCUUCGAGACGUGAUCGACGCGGAGAAGUCCAUGUUGGACAGGUGGACAGUGGUGUGCCACACGGAGGAGAAAGAGGACAAGCAAUCGUCCACUAACGCGGGAGGAGCGGGUGCACCUAGCGAAGACAAUACGCAAAUAUUGGUGAUGAACAAUUACUUCGGUAUUGGUCUCGAUGCCGAUCUUUGUUUAGACUUUCACAACGCCAGAGAAGAAAAUCCGAACAAAUUUAAAAGCAGAUUGCGUAACAAAGGGGUGUAUGUGACCAUGGGUUUACGAAAAAUGGUGAAACGGAAACCGUGCAAAGAUUUGCACAAAGAAAUACGACUGGAAGUGGACGGGAGACUCGUCGAAUUACCUCAAGUCGAAGGAAUAAUUAUUCUAAACAUUUUAAGUUGGGGUUCUGGGGCAAAUCCCUGGGGACCAGAUGUCAAGGAAGACCACUUUCAAACACCGAAUCACGGGGAUGGGAUGUUGGAGGUGGUCGGAGUCACGGGUGUUAUGCAUCUCGGACAAAUUCAAUCUGGUCUCCGUACAGCGAUGAGGAUAGCACAGGGUGGACAUAUAAAAAUUCAUUUGUACUCCGACAUACCAGUACAAGUAGACGGAGAACCAUGGAUCCAGAGUCCGGGGGAUAUCGUAGUUUUGAAGUCGGCACUGACGGCAACCAUGUUGAAGAAAAAUAAGAUCAAGCGUCGGAAUACCGAACCUUCGAUUCCACCCGCUAAUGGGGUGGGGGGCAAGAGCACGGACGAGUGUAGCAACAAAAGCUAGAAGCCGCAGUUUCCGCGCUCCUAUAAAAAAAAAAAAAAAUGAAAAAAAUCGAUCGAAUCAGACACGAAAUUGCAUUCGAUUCCCGCCUAGGCUCCACCUCGUAUCGUGAUAUUCGUUACGGUACAGGGGAGUUUCGGUGCGAUCGAUACGAGAGAGAACGCAUACACACACAUACGCGCACAUACAUACAUACUUACACGUACACGUACAUGUACUCCCCCCUGUGUAGUAAAAUUCCAUUCGAUGUUUCCGCCGCAUGUAGCUCUCUGUGCCAAUAUUGUCGAUGUAUAUGAAUGAUCGAUAAAUUUUUGGACAACAAUCAAGGCUUUCUGGUUUCGAGGAAGAUCCGGUUCUUCCAAGGUCUUCGAGUCUCGACGAAGACACAUUUGCGAGAUGUUAAUACGAUUGUAAGAUUAUUUGAAUGUUUAAUUUUGGAUUAUAUUCGAUAAAGUGCUAACCCUAAGCUUAUCGUUUUCCAGUUUCCUUUUUUGAAUAAUUUAAUAUUUUUAAUGAUUUUCUUUGUUUUUUCCCCUCCAAAAAAGUUGAAAAAGUUUUACAUAAUUUUUUUAAACACGUUUUAAACGCAUGCUAAAUAUUAAUAUCGUUUUUACGAUCGAGAUGAUAAUUUUUAAGAAAGAUUUAUUUUAAAAAUAUUGAAGCAAAGAUUUGAUAUUAAAUUAAAUUUUAAAUUUUUGUCCGAGAAUUUAUCAUGUUAUGAUCAUGUCUAAAUGCUCAGCGCAAUUCAAGCUUGUCGUAAAAACAGUGUUGUGAAAAAUUGAAGGUUCGAGAAAUUUUUGUCAAUAUUUUGCAAAUAUUGUAUAAUAAGCAGUGACAAUCAUUCUGUAUUUUGAAACAAAAUGAAAAGAAAAUAUAAAUAUACAUAUUCUGAUAAUUUUAUAAAACCUACGUUUUCACAACACUAAAUGGUUCAAUUAUUAUGCCUAUUUUCUCAAAUGGUGUUUUCCAGCUUCGGAGAUUAAUUCUCGAAGGAUCUUAUUUCUUAAUAUUCGAGAUAAUUAAAUAAUCUUCAAAAGAUUUUCAAAUUUUUAUUUUUGUUGUAUUUAACGAAUUUUGAAAUUGUCACUACUAAAAUUCAUAUAAAUUCUAUUUCAUGAUUUCAAAAGUCCAAUAUCCAGAGAAUAGCAUCGAUCCUUUGAGAGUUAAUCGAUCCUUCGUUUCAUUCUUGUCGUGGAAAAUCUAUUUAUCUGAAUUUCGUUUGUGGAAAUUUAGAAUAGAUCAUAAGAAAUUGUUUAUAUUUUUGAAAAUAUUGUUUAUCAGUAAACGAUCAACUUUCGAUUAUCUAUUGCAUUAAAUCGCGUAUUGGCGGUUUGAAAAUGAUUAACUUCGUUUUAAUUAUUGAAUGAAAAUUAUACUAUGUCAAAAAAAAAUUGUAGAUACGAAGGUUAUUUUCAUCCCUCUAUGGAUCCAGAUAAAUAGAAUUCUAUCGUAUUCGCUAGAAGUGUGCAGAAACGAUGAGCUCGGAAAAAUUCGUGCAGGAUCGGACUCGUGUUCUCGUACUAGUUUCAGGAUCCGAUUCGACGCACAUUCGUCACCGAGAACUGGACAUCGGGUCAGUUCGGCAAUACUCGGACGCGAUCGAUUUGGAACACGAUUUGUCAUCUCAUUUAAAACCCUUUAACUUCGAGAACUUUUUCCAAUGAUUCCAAGCAAUAUCGUUUGAUCAUUUUAAAUUUAAAGUUCUUGUUUCUGCAUACUUCUAAUAUUCGAUCAAUGCAAUUUAUUUAUUUUUCUCUCUCUCUGUGUUAUCCUUGGCGAGUGUUCUGGCUGUGUUAACCGAUCCGCGUGUCGUUUCACUUUGGUCACUUGGCAUUGACAUUGCAAUCUGUAUUUGCUCCUUUGUGCGCGCUCCUUGUGAUCCUGUCCCUUCUUAGGCCACGAUGCUGAAGAAGACCAAGGGUAAAAUGAAACGGCGUAACACAGAGUCCAGCAUGCAGCUGGCGCUUCAGGCAGCAGCCUCGAACGAUCCGGAGCCUGAACUCUUCUGAGUGUCCGAAUAUAGAGUCCCGUGCAAGCGGAUGGAUGUCACGACACGAGUAUUAUCACGUAUUUGCACGCAUAAGUGGCACGGUUGUAGCACGACACGCAACAAACGAAAUCGGCCUCGAAAUUCGUCUGUCUGACCACGGUCACGCGCUGUACGAACUUAUUAUUUCUAGUAAGCACAAAGAACAGGAAAAAAAAGAAAAAACAAAGGGGCGAGAAAGAGAAGGAUCAUACACACGAAUAAUAUACCAUAACUGUACACUGAUAUACACACACAAGUGAGUACAAUUCUCUUUGAUGAAUUAAAAAAAAAAAAAACGCAAGCGGGAGCUCCUUUAGGAAAUAAUAAAGAAGAAAAGUGCGAACCUGACGAUUUUACUUACCACACACGAAGCUCUCUCCGUGACCGCUAAAGAAUCCAGGAAUGGAGGAAAGAAAAAAAGAAAGAAAAAGAAAAAAAAAGGACAACCAGGACAUACGCUCGUCUAUGUGGACACAUCAUUAUAAAGUCAAGUAAUCUUUAAUGUCCUUUUUCCGAGUUGCUAGGAUGAAAACAACUAGAUCUCAUUUUUAAAUGUUAAUAAUCAUUAAUUGUAGCAUUGUACGUAGCUUUGAUCGAUAUUUUUUUAGUAAAACGAUAAAACAAAAGAGAGAGGAGAGUUAAGAGAGAAGAACGAACGAAUGCAUGAACGAGAGAGAGAGAGAGAGAGAGAUUUUAUGUAUGUUGCGUAUGUAAGGGAAAAAGAAAGAAAGAGAGGGAGAGAAAGAGAAAAAUGAAGCGAAUCAGAAAGAGUGAAAGGAGUGUUAUACAUGAUAGGAUAAUUAAAAAUCACGUUACCAAGAACAGCAGCAGUAUUGAAACAACUUUCUCCCCCGUUUAAUUCGCUUGACAGCCAUAUUUGCGCAUUUACGUUGUAUAGUUCGUUAUUUAGUCUCGGAAAUGCGAUCGAAAGAAGUGAAAAAACGUAAUUGUACAUGACAUUUCGUAUUGGUAUUUUACUAAUUUACAGUAAGUAUCAUGAUACGAAUCCCGUAAUCACGAAUAUCGAAUACAUACAAGAUCAGUUGUUAUCUAUUAAUAUAAUAUAUAUAUAUUAAAAAAAAAUAUAAAUAUAUAUAUAUAUAUAUAUAAAAUAUUUAUGAUUAUAAAUAUUAAUAUAUUUACAAAAGAGUAAUGUAUUAGUAUUACAGUUUUAAGUUGUGAUAACUGUUGUGCGUCUGACUGCUGGGCAGUCUGGAAUUUAUAAGAAAAAAAAAAAAAAAACAAACAAAAAGAAACAAAUACCAGUGGCAGUCAGUUAUUUCAUAUUAUAGAAUAAACGAGAUAAUAAAAUAAAAUCGAAAAGAGGGAGAAGAGAGAGUAGAAAGAGGGAUGAAUGAUGAACGAGGAGGAUGGAAAAGAGAGCGUGGAAAGCAAAAGAAAAUUAAUCCGGAAUAAAGAAAAAUAAAAGAAAAAAUAGUUAAAUGUGACGCGUUUCCGGUAGGGUUUAAAUUGGCGGUUGAACGUUUUGCCAACUCGUCUCGAUGACGAUCUCACACGAUCUUGAAUCCCACUUGAUGGGAUUCGUGCUUGCAACAAAUUAUUUCAUAAAAAUAUCACGAAAAAUUCGUCGGCAAAAUGAAAGAGAAGGAAGGUCGGUGGCGACUUGGCAACGUUCUCACUUCGAGGCUCUGGCAAAAAUGUUCUCUGUCCAAUCGAAAGAAUCAAUUUUACCGGAGCCACAGGGGUAGGCAAACACUACAUUCCACUGAAACGUGGUUGCGAUAAGCAAAGAUGGACACACAUGUACAUUUCUAAACUAUGCCAAAAAAAAAAAAGAAACUUCUAACGUGCUAACACUUUCAACGCUGUUUGGACACCUCUCGAUAUGCAGGGUUGAUUCUCUGGUGGCGAAGAAGAAGAAGAAGAGGAAGAGGAAGAAGAAAAAAAAAAGGAAAACGCGAGGCACAUAUAUAGGAUCGGGAAGACCGUCUAUAGGAAUCGUCGGUGAUUUUCGGCAACGAUUCGUAUACACGAAGAGAGAAAGUGAUUUUUGAAGAGCGGCUGAUUCGUUCGGGAACGAAGUGAUCGCACGCAUCGUUCCGAUUAAUACGUACGUCGUGGAUCGUGUUCAUAUUGGACCCUUAGUUGGCAUCAAUUCGAUUAAGAGACAAUUCCGGUGCCAAACAGUUGUACAUAAUACUGUAAAUGUAGGAGUAAAAAUGGUAACAAUAAGAAAAAAAAGACAAAAAAAAAAAAAAGAAAAAAACAAGAUAAACAAAACAAACAAAUCGUUAUUCUGAGCGUCGGAGAAAGAAUAGAAACCAGGUGCUGUUUGUUACAUGCCGGACAUUCUAGAUGAACGAUCGUCCCUGUUUAGGAGUUAUACCGAUUUUUUGGGGGAAACGAAACAGGAAAAAGAAAGGGGGAAACAAAGAAAAAAAAAAUAGAAAGAAAAGAGGAGAAUAAAAAAACGUGUCGCGUGCGUUCCGAUCGACCGAAAUUCGACGAUGCGUUUCGCGCGCGAACCGUCGUAAAAAAAAAAUGUAUGGAAACGUGUCAAAUAGGAGUAGAAGAUGUGCGCGAGGGUCUUUUAAUUUUUGCGUUUUACGAGACGAGACGCUUGUAGAAAUACGCUCCUACAUCUCUUAGCUACUUUGUAGAAUCUUUCCUUCCUCCUCCUUCUCCUCCUCCUCCUCCCCCUCCCCCUCCCUCUCCCCCCGAGUGUCUUCUCAAACGAGGUAUCCGAUCGCGCGGGAAAAAAGAAAAAAAAAAAAAGAAACAUUUCGCCAGAGCAGAAGCAAAAUUUUCCCUUCAACGGGAGACCGGCCAUUUCCCGGAUGAUUGGAUCUUGGCCUCCCGUUUCGAACGAAAUGGAUCCCAACAACCUGCCAACGAUACAUGGGCUCAGUCGUUCGUGCUCGGCAUCCGGCGCGCGAGCACGAACGACGUAUCGGCGGCAGAUUGGAAUCGCGAUUACAUUUGUUGAUCUGACCAAAAAAAAAAAGGAAAAAAAAAAAAAUAAAGCUCUAGUGUAUUCGCCGUUGCUAUAAACCAAAAAAAAAAAAAAAGAAAAAAAAGAGGAUAGAGGAACCACACAUUAAGCUAUGAACAAUCUACGUAUAAUGAAUGUAUGUGCUAUGGAAAACAAAAAAAAAAAAAUGCUAGCUGUUACGACUGAAUUCGUUUUCCUGUCCUUUCGACACACGUGUACACUUAUACAGAUACAUACACACGAAACACGUAUACAUAAGAGGAGCGCACAUACACACACACACACACACACGUACACAUACACGCAUAUAUGGAAUCAAUAUGGAAGUAUAUCUGUGCGAUCUAUUUUUUUGUCAACUAUCAGAAUUCGAUGCGAAUUGAGAAAACGAUAUACACAGAUAACAUACAUGUACACGUAUACAAACAGACGAAUACAAUACCUUCCUCCGUUUACAUUGUAUUUGUAGAAUAUAGAUUUUGCCGAAGACGCGGUUCCGUAAAUUAUUUUCCAUCGAUUUCGAACGAAAGAGCGAGAGCGUAUUGUAAUCACACCGGGGAUCGGAUGAUGACACGUUUUUAGGAAUGAUUAUUAUUUUCAUUACGAGUAUAUAAUGUGUUUCGUUUUCUUUUUUUUUUUUUUUUUUUUUCUUCUUCUUCCCCAUGUUCCAAAUCGUACACACGCCUGUAUUACCGUUGUAAGCUCGAAAGGACACAUGUUGUGUGUGAUCGAAUAAUAGAGAUCCGUUGUGUAACAUACAUUGUACAUACAUUGUCGAUGUAUCACGCGCACGCUGGUGUGGUAUACCGAAAAAAAAAAAAAAAAACGAGAAUUGUUACCGAGUUUACGAUCCUUAUGUUUCUUUCCUGAUUGUAUUGUUUCAGACGUGCUCGACUUGCACGCGUUAAUUUAUAUCCGCGAGGUGGGCGAGGUUUUUGGUUUCAAUCUUGUCUUGGCGUGUAUAUUACGGAAAGAGUGGAAUAUUACAUAAAUUAAUGUACACAUUA